UCGGCCUGGAGACCUCCACGGGUACAACGCACUGAAUGUGCGCUUGGACAACCACUCUAGCCCGCUUAGGGCUCCCCUUUCUCCGGCCGCGGGGGCCGAUGCCAUGGUUGCAGCUGGCAGCUGGGGCAACAAUAGCUUUGGUGCGCUGUCGAAUGUAGCAUACACAGCUGCAGCGGUUGGCAGACGCGCGGCUGAUAGCACAGAGCAUCUUGACGGGGCCUUGGCCUGUGAUAGCUGUGAGGUACUCAUCACUCAAUGGUUAUUCUUGGGAGCACUGGCUAGCUGUGGCUGCAUUGUUCAAAUGUUGUCCUCUCGUGCUAGUGCUGCUGCUCCUCAAAACGCGUCCCAGCUGGUUGUUGCUCCGUUCUCAGUGCUUGGUUUCUCCUGCCUGGUGGUUUCUCUUGCCGGGUCUCCCCGUCGCUUGGCUGUGGGUGGGCUGGGCGGUCUCGGUCUUGUGGUGGUUCUUCGGUCUGUUGCCUUCUCGUCGUGCUGCGGGCCCGUGGACCACUGGUGUGCUUUUGUUCAGCUGGUGGUGGCGCUUUGUCCCUCAUUUCUGGCCGUGGGAUUGUCCUUACCCUGUGUUGGGUUUGGCUUGGUCCCUGUGGAUUACUGGAGGAAAGAGUCGUUGAAGCUGAGGAUAAAGCUGAGGUGGAACAAGUUGGACUGUUGCGAUUGGGAGUUGAACGACACAACCGCCAACAAGGUGGUGGCCACCAGCGGAAAACAAGGCGGUGCGGACAUUGGUUUUGUGUGGCAGACCCAGGAUCAGGAAAUUCACAAGCCCAAGGUAUAUGAUUUUCAUGGAGUACCUUUGGGAUGGGACAGCUCGGAAAUUAUGUCGAUCAAGAAGCCCGAUGAGAACACAAGGAAAAGACGUGAAGCAAAGAAUGAAGAUAAUGAAAGCAAAGAAGACAGGCAGGGAUCUGGGAAAGGCAACGGUGACAAAGCCACUGAUGACUGUGUAAUGGCCACUCAGUUGGACGACGAAAGUCCAGCGCCUCCGCUUUUGGACCCUGACUCCGCCAUGCAGCAUCACAACUACAGCUUGAUUGAUCAGGGUGAUUGUGGUGAUUGUGCUUUUAGGGCAAUCUGUGACAGUAUGUGGUGGAAUGAUGAGCCUGCUGCGGGUGCCACCUUUUCACUAGAAGACGCAAAGAAAAAAGGAGCUUGGUUGAGAGCCCAAACGAUCAAUCAUUUGAGAAAGCACAAGGCUGAAUUGUUGCCCUUUUUUUACCAACACUAUCGGGGAAAAACUUUUGACGAUUGGCGUGUUCAAGCCAGUGAAAGUGAGUACUGGGUGAAUGGAAUGCUCCUCCAGGGGGUCGCCAACAAAUUAGGAGCGGCUCUGAUUAUUUUCCGAAAGGCUGACAAGGGAAGUUGGCAACGUUUCUGUGUGGCACCAAGAUUUAAUGCGGCGGGAUAUGCCUGCGCUGCUCAGGGUGUUGCUCCUAUUGUCCUCACAUUAGAACAAAUGCAUUACAAAAGCUUGAGAGUGCCGCGUGGCGCGGAAGUGCCUGAUGCAUGGCUACGUGAAGGCUGCGAUGUGUGGAAAUCCAACUUGGAAGGGGGAGGCAUUCACAAAGAGCAGACGCAUAGCCCUGCCACUUCCAAGGGUACUCCUUCUGUCCAUUCCUUGGUCCAUGCCUCUGGUCAUGGUCUGAAUCCUGCCCAGUCGAUUUCCUCGCGGUCCGUCCGUACUCCCUCGGUCCAUUCCGUCUUUGGUCCUGCUCGUCCUGCGGCGGGACCUGCCGAGUCGUCCUGUGCGCUGCUGCCCCGUCUCCGUCGGUCAGGCCUGCCGUUGCUCGUCGUGCUGCCUCCGAGAAACAGGAGACUGGGAGCAGUUCCCAAAAACGCAAACAUGUUGCAGUUGGUCCUGAUCACAAAGCGGUCACUGAGCAGAGGGAAAGCUCUCCGGGUCGACUUAGCCAAGGGAGCGUCUCGUCGCAUUUGCUUGGAAGUCAGGAUUCAGGAUGUGAGAAAACGUUUGUACGGCAAGCAAGCCCCGGACUUUGCCUGGGCAUCAGUUAUCCCUAAAUCCCCUUUGGGAGGACAGAAGCCUGCUUCCUCGGCCCAGGAUAAACCCAAGAGAAAUCCGUAUUUCGUUGAAGCUUUAAAAUGGACUUGCCCGGUUUGCCAUGAAGAGUUGACCGUGAGAGGCUCAGUCCAGCUGCGCCUGCAACCUGUGCCAGGAUGGAGACGUGGACCAGAGGAACAAUUUGAUCGCUCUUUGUGCGAAGAAGUGAUUGGGUUAGGUCAAUGUCCGGUUCUUAUUUUGGGGGAUUUUAAUCGUGAACCGCUCACCUUUUUACCCUUCCAGUCCAUUCCUCAGUUGCAGCUUUUUUGUGUCAUGGAUAAUGCUGGCACUCCCGACGCGCCUAUUUGGGUUCCUGCUGCAACCAGAUGGGAGGGCAACCGGUGCGUGGACUGGGGAGCGGGUAGACAUGUUCAAUGCCAUGCGGGAUUCAGUGAAGACAAAUGGGCUGACCACAAGUUGAUUUCUUGGACGGGAAAUUACCGGAGAUUGUCACCCAAACCGGACCUUACCAGACCGCCCGAAGUCACUGAAGAGGCCUGGGAAGAAGCUUUGGAAAAAGAAUGGCUCUCCAUGAGCCUGAACAUCCCAAACAAACCCACUUGGGCACAGCUUUGUCAGGCGGCAGAAGAGGUCUGUGCUGCGGCUUUGCUUUCUUUAGGCAUUCAGCGCCGUCAACCCACCAACUCUUCAAAAGCUCAACCGGCAAAGGUGGAACAAGUGGUGCGUCAUCACAGGUUUUCUCAACAGGAAGAAGAAUCCAUCCGAAUCAAACGACUUCCUCGUCUGUGGCGCAGGGUGAUGGCUUGGAAGAAAGGAGACCGCGCUAGGAAUUUGGUGCGCCACAUUAACAGGGAAACUCGAGUUUUGGGUAUCCAGGGCGUUUUACUUCAACUGGAGGAUGCUGAUAAUCUUUUGGAUUCCAUUGAAGAGUGUUUGCUUCAUGACAUGGAUGAAUUGGCACCAUGGAUUCAAGGCAUUGUGGGGGAUGAAGCCCAUGGGGAGAUAAAAAAGAGAAGUCCGGGAGACCCUGCCAGUCCCAGCGGGCUUUUGGGGCCGCUGUUUGAAUCCAUGUGUCGAAUUCGGAAAAAGUUUGAGAAACCGAAACAUGGCAGAACUUUGUAUCGUAUUUUCAUUGAUGACCGUUGGAAACCAACAGACGGUUCCACAGCCCUGAACAGGCCUUACCAAAAUGCCAUGUCCAAGGUGUAUCGGUUGUUUGCCAAUAACUUUGAGGAAAUCAGCCAUGUGCUGCGGGCACUGGUGCAACGCACCUUGGGUUGGUGUGACCCAACCUUGUCAACUGAGGAAAAUCGUCGUGUGCUCCGGCACAUGGCGCGUGUCCGCGCUGAGGUGCAGCAAGCGCUUGCACCGCUACUGCUCUUGCCAACGCUCUACUACUACUUAAUA